AUGGAUGAGAUGGAGGAGAUUUUCGGAUACAGUGCGCUGCUUUCCAAUAACCACACGCUUAAUGUGGGUCGUUGUCGAGCACAACCAGUUGGAACGCCACCACCACCUCAACAAGCAGAUUCCCCACAACCAGCACUACCCUCACGUCCGAUAGCAUCAUUUUCACAGCCCCCACUGCCCCACCGUCCAACAGCACAGCCAUCAAGAUCCCUGCUGCUAGCACCACCCCCAAGUCCAGCAGCAUCAGCACACCCAGCAAGAUCCCUACUCCUAGUACCGUCCCAACGUCCUGCAGUUUCACAUACAGCAUCAGCACUAUCUGCGUACCCAACAACAUCCCCACUUCUACGAGCAUCUCAACACCCAACAACAUCCCACCUUGCAGCAGCAUCCCCAUACACAGAACUAUGUCCGCAACCAAUAUCCCCACAACCGGCUGUAUCGCCGUCCCCACCUACAUCCCCACAUCCUGAAUCAUCGCAACAACCACCAUCCCAAGAAGCAGAAUCGCCACAACCAGUAAUAUCAAAACGUCGCAGGAAAACAGCUCGAGAAAGAUAUUACGAGGAAAAACUUAUAUUAAAAGAAAGGAAGUUAGAGGAGAAGAAAAGAUUCCACGAUUCGGUAGUGAAAAUGAUGAGAGAAGUAGAAAUGAAAAAAACUUGA